AUGAGCAGAAAAGACACUUCCCUCCAGAUCAAUCCUGGUAGCAUUGUCGAACCAGUGGCGUCGAAAGAGAAGAUGCGGGAAGACGACGAAAUAACUGACAACUUCGAAUCUGACUCAGAAGAAUCUUUUAAUGUGAUCUGCAACGUGGUAUCUGUUCUCCCUAGAGAUUAUGAUAGAGUAAUGGAGGUCGAAGACGAAGAAGACGAGAUGGAAGAAGAAUUAAUGGCACAUAGGCCCGUCUGCUACUACGUGAUGAACAAUGGGUGCGUCGAAGAGCAGAAUGCUUUCUUCGAAAGGCCAGAUGAUUCCAUGAAAGCACAUUUGAAGCCUUUAUUCAUAAAAGGAAAGGUGGAGAAUAUUGGUGUAAACAAGAUACUGGUGGAUGGGGGAGCAGCAGUAAAUUUGAUGCCCCAUUUUAUGCUAAAGAGGAUUGGGAAGGAUGAUUCAGACGCAAAACCUCACAACAUGGUGUUGUCGAACUAUGAAGGGAAAGUAGGAACCACUAUAGGUGUCAUCCAAGUGAAUUUGACUGUUGGAACCAUAACAAGGCCAACAAUGUUUAUGGUCAUUGCUUCAAGGGCGAACUACAACCUAUUGCUUGGAAGGGAGUGGAUUCAUGGCGUAGGAGCCGUACCCUCUUCAAUGCAUCAGCGGAUAGCCAUAUGGAGGCCAGACGGGAUCGUGGAAAACAUUGAGGCUGAUCAAAGCUAUUUCAUGACAGAGAUAAACAAUGUCAACAGUCAAAGUUUCGACAAGAACCUGGCUCACAUACCUCCAUGCAGCCCAGCCGAAUUCGACUUAAAGGCAACAGACAACGCCUACUGCUCCAUGUACCUUCAUCCUACACAUGGUUUCUAG